AUGCGCCCAGGUGACGAGUAUGUGCGGUUGUUGACAGCGAAGGACUCGGAGGGCGUGCAGGAGCGAGAUGGUAGGAUUUUGACCCCACCCUGUCCCGCCCCGCACCCCCUUCCCCCUCCCCCCAAGACCCCAUAUGCCCCCCGAGAGGACUACUUGGCCAAUGGCGUGGCCAAGCUGCAUCGGGCAGGGGUUGACUUCCUGGUGAUCGCUUCCAACACAGCGCACAUUUGCGUGGGCCCCUCGUCCUAUUUCGGCCUCUUUCGGUCUCACUUCACCUGCGAAUCUGGCUUUGGGCAUUUAUUGUCUUGGGAGCCUCUGCAGGGUUGGAGGGUGCUUUGCUCGGCCUUGUACGUGAACGAUUUCCGGAUCUUCCGGUUCUCCACAUCGCCGACUGUACCGCAGCAGCGGCUCGCGGCGCCGGGCCCGUAG